AGGGAAAGGAAAGUUUUCCAAAAUGCCGAUUGCACAGUUGCUGGAGCUAUGGAAGAAGAUAGAGGUGGAGCCCAUGGAAACAGAGACCACCGAGGAGGAUCUGAACCUGGACUCAGAGCCCGCCGUAGAAGACACUGCAGAAGAAGGCAAGUAUGAGGCGGCUCAGCCUGAGACCAAGUCAGCCGCGGCAGGAGAGGAAGAAGGCGUCGUGAAGGAGAUUGACAUCAGUCAUCAUGUGAAAGAAGGGUUUGAAAAGGCCGACCCCUCCCAGUUUGAGCUGCUGAAAGUUUUGGGACAAGGAUCCUAUGGAAAAGUGUUCCUGGUGAGGAAGGUCAAGGGGUCCGACGCCGGGCAGCUCUAUGCGAUGAAAGUCCUUAAGAAGGCCACCUUGAAAGUUCGAGACCGAGUCAGGUCGAAGAUGGAGAGAGACAUCUUGGCAGAAGUGAAUCACCCGUUCAUUGUGAAGCUUCAUUAUGCCUUCCAGACAGAGGGAAAGCUCUACCUGAUUCUGGACUUCCUGCGCGGAGGGGACCUCUUCACCAGGCUCUCCAAAGAGGUGAUGUUCACCGAGGAGGACGUCAAGUUCUACCUGGCUGAGCUGGCCUUGGCUUUAGACCACCUGCAUGGUCUGGGGAUCAUCUACAGAGACCUGAAGCCAGAGAACAUCCUGCUGGACGAAGAGGGACACAUUAAGAUCACAGAUUUUGGGCUGAGUAAGGAGGCCAUCGACCAUGACAAGAGAGCGUACUCGUUCUGCGGGACCAUUGAGUACAUGGCGCCCGAGGUGGUGAACCGGCGGGGCCACACGCAAAGCGCGGACUGGUGGUCCUUCGGCGUGCUCAUGUUCGAGAUGCUCACGGGGUCUCUGCCGUUCCAGGGGAAGGACAGGAAGGAGACCAUGGCCCUCAUCCUCAAAGCCAAGCUGGGCAUGCCGCAGUUCCUCAGCACGGAGGCCCAGAGCCUGCUGAGAGCCCUCUUCAAACGGAACCCCUGCAACCGACUGGGUGCUGGCAUUGACGGCGUGGAGGAGAUCAAGCGACACCCUUUCUUCAUCACCAUAGACUGGAAUAAGCUGUACAGGAAGGAGAUCAAACCGCCCUUCAAGCCGGCAGUGGGCAGGCCGGAGGACACCUUCCACUUCGACCCCGAGUUCACGGCGAGGACGCCCACAGACUCGCCUGGCGUUCCCCCCAGCGCCAACGCUCACCAUCUGUUCAGAGGAUUCAGUUUUGUGGCCUCCAGCCUGGUCCAGGAGCCCUCACAGCAAGAUCCGCACAAAGCCACAGUUCACCCCAUCGUGCAGCAGUUACAUGGGAACAACAUCCACUUCACCGACGGCUACGAGAUCAAGGAGGACAUCGGGGUGGGCUCCUACUCCGUGUGCAAGCGGUGUGUGCACAAGGCCACGGACGCCGAGUACGCCGUGAAGAUCAUCGACAAGAGUAAAAGGGACCCCUCAGAAGAGAUCGAGAUUCUCCUGAGGUACGGCCAGCACCCGAACAUCAUCACCCUCAAAGACGUCUACGACGACGGGAAGUCUGUGUACCUGGUGAUGGAGCUGAUGCGGGGCGGGGAGCUGCUGGACCGCAUCCUCCGGCAGAGGUGCUUCUCAGAGCGGGAGGCCAGCGACGUGCUGUGCACCAUCACCAAGACCAUGGACUACCUCCACUCGCAGGGGGUGGUUCAUCGAGACCUGAAGCCCAGCAAUAUUCUAUACAUGGACGAGUCUGGAAACCCCGAAUCCAUCCGAAUCUGUGACUUCGGGUUUGCCAAGCAGCUUCGAGCUGAGAACGGGCUGUUAAUGACCCCCUGCUACACGGCCAACUUCGUUGCCCCCGAGGUCCUGAAGCGCCAAGGCUAUGACGCAGCGUGCGACAUCUGGAGUCUGGGGAUCCUGCUCUACACCAUGCUGGCGGGGUAA